CCUCAGGACCUGGCCAAGUGGGUGGACGAAGCGGGUGAAGCAGGUUUCAUUUUCUUCAGCCUCGGGUCGGCAGUGAAACCUUCAGACUUGCCCGAGACAUAUCGGAAGGUGUUGGUCAACGUGUUCGCUUCUCUCCGCCAGCGCGUGUUGUGGAAGUGGGACGAAGAGGGCAUGGCGGACCUGCCACCCAACGUACGGCUGGGGAAGUGGCUGCCGCAGCAGGACAUUCUCGGCCACCCCAGGCUUCGGCUCUUCAUCACCCACGGCGGCCUGCUGAGCACCCUCGAGUCCACGUACCACGGUGCCCCUGUGCUCGGCGUACCUGUGUUCGGGGACCAAGUCGGGAACAUGGUGGAGGUCCAGCGGCAGGGGUGGGGGAGGGCGCUGCGCUGGGGGGACUUCGGCGAGGAGGUGCUGAGGGGGACGAUCCACAGCAUCAUGGAUAACCCCGAGAUGCAGGCGGUCGUGGCGCGUCGGUCGGCCUUGAUGCGUGACCUGCCCGUGACCCCCGCCCGCGAGGUCAGCUACUGGGUCAGCUACGUGGUCAGGCACGGCGGGGCGCGGCACCUGCGCUCGCCCCUCUUCGCCCUGCCCUGGUACCAGCUCUACAACGUGGAUGUGUGGGCGGCGGUGGCGGCUUCGCUGUGUGUGCUUCUGUUCCUUCUCGGGCGGUUCUCGUGCUUCUGUUUCCGACGAAUUAGGAAGGUGAAGAAGAGAGAUAAGGAGGUGAAGGAGAGGAGGAAUCGCCAAAAGAUUCUGCUUUUCCCGUUUUCUAUAAAUCCCCCCGAAAAUAGGUCUGUUGUAUUAAUUAGACGCAUUUUAUAG